AUGCCCGAACUCGAGGAUAUGGACGAGGUGCAGGGCGAAGCCCAUACCAAUAAUACCCCCGGUAAUGACGAGCCGCAAUCAGCGGAGGAGACAAACUUUCCGCCCUGGAUCAAGAUACUUAGCCGGAAACAACAAAGACUUCAAAACCAGGCCUACCGGAAGACUCUAGAAGAAUCUAGACGGAACGACGAGCAACCACCCCCUGGCAAGAUGCUAACGGGUGCGAAAACCCGCCAGACGUCGAAACCGCGGAAGCGACAGCUCCCACCGCUACCGAUUGAGGAUUACAAAGUGGUCGUCCGCCCCUUGGAUGGUCUGAACCUCGGAGCUUGGGGCCCCGAUCAAGUCUACCGAGCCAUCAAGUUGGCGGCGAAGCUCACUCCUCUCGAGACUGCGGAAAUCAAGACGAGGCUCCGUAAGGACCAGAACUUGGCCGUUGUGAGCACUCCAAGUGUCGACACGUUGGAGCGGCUUUGCAAUAUCUCCUCCAUCGCACUCGGAGAAAAGCAGUUCCGAGUAAAACCUUACGCCGCCAUGCCGGACGACUCCUGUAAGGGGGUCAUCUCGGGUCUCACAUCUCGGCCCUCGUCCGAGUGGCUCACUGAAGAACUCAAUGCACGGAACACCAACUACAUAGUCCUGAACGCUCGAAUGAUGGGUAGUACGACCUCAGCCAUCAUCACUUUUCACGGACUCAGGGUUCCCCGCCUAGUGUAUAUCGAUGGCGGCGAAUUUGAGUGCAGGGUCUACAGACCCAAAAAACAAGUCUGCACUAAGUGCCUAGGACUAGGACACCGAGAGGACGUGUGCCCUCAGCCUGAAAAGCAACGAUGCUCAAAGUGUGGAACUGAAGGCAGUGCCAUGGACUCGCACGAAUGCGAAGCGAAGUGCGUGAAUUGUUGCGGGGCUCACCCGGCUACGGACCCUCGAUGCCCCGCAAGGCAGCGAGCACCGUACAACAAGUCACGCGUUCAGAAGUACCUGCAGCAACAACAACAUGGCCGCCAUCAGCAGGGAAGUCAACGGCCCCAGCACGUGGCUUCACCGCUUCAACCCGGGCAAGCGACCCAGGCUGUACCCCCCGAGGAGCAGUGGCCACGACUACCAACGAGGGGAUGGGCGAACCAAAACCCGUACGCUCUGCUGGCCUCUGAAGCACUCGACAGCAGCCCAACGUCGACGGGCCCUCAAGCCGAGCCCGAUCCCGGUCGAGACGGAGGAUGCAGCAACAACGGUCGGCGCAGGAAGCUGAAACCCGAAAAUCAAGGAGCCCCGGUCCAGAGGCCCCGAAGAUCCAGCGUUAGGACACAACACCACACACACAAACAAAACACUCAGCACACGUUCAUUGAAAGCAAUCCUUGUGCCACCGACACUUCCUUCUUGGACACCUUGAGGCGUGAACUCAGGGCGGAAAUGCAGAGCUAUCGAGAUGAGCUCCGCAUGAUUAGGGAGGAGAUGCAGAGAUCUAGGGAGGAACUUAAAAAAUCUAGACUUGAGCCACUCGGUCUCAGCGAAGAACUUAAACGCGAAGUAGCCAAACAGAUCGCCGAGGCCAGACUUGGUAUUAGCAAGGAACUGGAUCACAUGACCACUACACUCAAAGGGGACAUGCAGACUGGCAUGGACAACGCCCGUAGACAAAUCCUUAAGGAAAAUAGAGCCCAACUCCCUGAGCUGGUUCGAGACAUUCUCUCCGCGAUGCCUCGACACAGGCUCGGGUGGAACUGCAGGGGCUAUCGGCGCAAGCGCGGGGCGCUCACGCAGUUCCUCGCCACACUCGACGAAAAACCCGAAGUUAUCGCAAUGCAGGAAACCGCGUGUACACCGGCACUCUCGGGAUACGUGACUUGUGCUUCAAAACCGGAACACGAGGGCGUACCUCCGAGGGUAGCCACUCUCGUAGCCAAACAUCUACCGUUCAUUCCACAUCAGUUAGAAAGGAGACGCUAUCGCCUUAACCAAACCGAGCGAGAAUACGCUUCUGUAGGGGAUCUGAACGCGGCCCACCCGGCAUGGGGAUAUUAUCAAGAGUCGGUGAAAGGACGAAAACUAGCCACGGCCAUAGACAGAAAUCAGCUUACGCUCCUCAACGAGCCGGAUCAGCCCACGAGGGUAGGGAACAGCGCGAGCCGCGACACGUGCCCGGACCUCUCCCUCGCCAGAGCGAGAGGCCCGUGCACGUGGACCAACCUCCAGGAGAGUCUGGGCAGCGAUCAUUUUAUCAUUGAAAUUCAAGAUCCAGUGCAGGCUCAUCGUAGACACAAGAAGGCCCUGCGGUUGGUCAACUGGGACUCGUUCCGCCAGCUCAGGGCUCAGACAAACGCCGAAGAGAUAGAUGAAAACGUACCAUUGGCACAAUGGAUAAGAAAACUCCACGCCGACAUUCAGAGAGUAACCAAGACAGUUCAGACGACGGACAAGGCGCCCGUCGUCGACCCGCAUCUUCUUCAUCUAUGGGAAGCCCGGCGUGGCCUAACUAAAAGAUGGAGAAGACAGAAAUAUAAUCGGAAACUAAAAAUUCGCAUAGCCAAAAUUACCCAAGAAGCCGAGCGUUAUGCAGAGGAGCUCACCCAAUCUAAUUGGCAUAAACUAUGGGACAAACUACAAGGUACCCUAGGAACUAGGCAGACCUGGAGUCUGCUCAAGAGUCUGCUUGACCCCACAAAGACUAGGACCGAAACCAACAAGGCUAUAAUAAAACUUGUUCACCAAACGGCACACAACGGGGAGAACGCCUUGUGGGAGUUCCUAAAGGAACGUUACAUCGCAUCCGGCCCCAGACCAAACUACCGCCCAUAUCCCCACGAAGAAGCAGACCAUCCGCUGGAUCAGGACAUAUCUGAAUACGAAGUUAGGGGAAUACUCACUGGCCUAACCCGCAAUAGCGCUCCCGGAGAGGACGGAGUCACGUACAGGAUUCUCAGGAAUCUGGACGAUGCCUCCGUUUCGGCCCUCACAUCAUACUUUAACAGGGUAUGGAGUACCGGUGUCCUCCCACCGGAAUGGAAACACGCCGAGAUCACCUUCAUCCCAAAACCUGGGAAGGCUCUCACGCUAGAAAACCUUCGUCCCAUUUCACUAACAUCGUGUAUAGGUAAGCUUCUGGAACACAUAGUUCUCAGACGCCUUCAAUCCCAUCUCGAAGCUAACGGAUUUCUUGGGGACACAAUGUUCGGGUUUCGACAAAAUCUGUCAGCACAGGACGUCCUCCUACAGCUCAAAGAGGACAUCCUAGACUUUCCUGGAAGAACGCAGACGAGAGCGGUACUCGCGUUGGACCUUAGAGGAGCUUUUGACAACGUGUCUCACGACGCCAUUCUCGAGGGCUUGACCAGAGCACACUGCGGCAAAAGAACUUACGACUAUGUCCGUGCGUUUCUGACGGACAGGACCGCUACUCUAGGGCUGGGAGAUCUUCGCUCCCAGCCCAUCAAGCUCUCGGGGAGGGGAACGCCACAGGGUUCCGUCCUUUCGCCGACUCUUUUUAAUAUAGCCAUUUCAAGUCUCCCGACCCUGCUGGGGGCCAUCCCUAACGUCAGGCAUGCUCUGUAUGCAGACGACAUCACCAUCUGGACAAGCAAGGGUUCGGAUGGUGAGAUACAGGACGGACUUCAGGAGGCGGUCGAAAUCACUCAAAAGGUUGCAGAAGCAGCAGGACUAACUUGCGCCGCCGACAAGUCUGAGCUUCUACUCAUUAGAAGCAAACCUUGCACUAAAGCAGAUGAAAUUUGUUUAAAUCUAAAUGGAGAGAAGAUACCCAAAGUCGACAGACUCAGAGUACUCGGCCUACAUAUUCAGUCCAACGGCAAGGCAUCUUUCACCGUGCAAAUGCUUCGCAGGCAAUGCCAGCAGAUUGCCCACCUCAUACGAAGGGUGGGCAAUGGACGUGGCGGGCUUAAAGAAGCCGACACCGUGAGAAUUGUCCAGGCUCUUCUAGUAAGUAGAGUUGUCUACCAUUGUCCUUUCCAUAACUUUAAACGCAGAGAGAUAGACACUCUCAAUACGAUCCUCCGAACUGCUAUAAAAACGGCGGUUGGAUUGCCUCAGCAUACAUCCACGCAGCGCCUUCUUCGACUUGGUAUUCACAAUACUAUAGAAGAACUGAUUGAGGCUCAGGCUGUUGGACAGCGUACAAGACUCAGCUACACACAGCCUGGAAGAAAUCUCUUAGCCAGGCUCGGCUACAAACCACUUAAUAAAGAACAGGGCUGCAUGCGGCUAAAAUCUGUCCCACCGAGCAUUGCGGCUAAAAUACGAGUUUUGCCCCUACCAAAGAACAUGCAUCCCACUCUUAAUGCAGGUAGACGCCUCGCGCGUACCCGCUACCUAAGGCUCAAGUAUCAAAACGACCCAGACGUCUGUUACACUGACGCUGGGGAGUACACUUCCCCACGUGAGGCAAAAUGCAUAGUCGUCUGCGACUCGCUUGGACGAGGUGAAGCGAUAGCGUCUCUCGCCGCUCCCACAUCGAUCGCGGAGGCCGAAGAAGCGGCAAUAGCAUUAGCCGUAGCACGGAUUUCGCGUAAAACUGAAAACACAGACAAGACCUGUACCAUAAUCACUGAUUCACAGCCAGCGUGCAGGGCGUUCGCGCGAUGCGUCGUCUCACAACGAAGUGGACACAUUCUAAACACAGUUAAUCAAAGCUCACUACCCGCAAUCCAGAUAGUCUGGACUCCUGGACAUACCUCCCUCUCUGGCAACGAGAGUGCGGAUGCACUCGCCCGAGAAAUAGCCGGCCGGGCGUUGCAUGGGGAAGGGGAGGCACCGGAGAAUCACAACAUCCCAUGA